AUGGCAUCAUUUCUUAAAUUGCGAAAGCAACCAUUUGAUAUUGACGUAACCGGUAUACAUUUAUCUGGUACAGAGCAUAGUCAUUCCGUUGAUACUAAAAUCAAGUCUCGAUUUAAUAAAUAUGAGAAACAUCUCAGUUUUUUGCUCAUUUCUGACAUUACAGGCAUAUUGCCUUUAAGACCCAUGGAACGCGAUUUAUUGAAAAUCCCAGAAAACAUUAAGCUAGCUGAUCCCGAGUUUAAUAAACCAGCAGAGACUGAUGCGCUUAUAGGUGUUCAAAUAUUCUACAAACUUUUAUGCAGAUGUACGGUAGUUUCUGACAGCUCAGAGAUUCAGUUGCAUGGAUUCCGCGAUGCCAGGGAGAAGGAAUAUGGCGCUUGUAUUUACCUGCAUUCAGCUGACAAGUACGGCCAUCACCAUUCCUCGCUAGUUUGUUCCAAAUCGCGCGUUGCACCCAUACAUACGGUCUCACUUCCUAGACUAGAACUAUACGCAGUCCUGCUACUAGCUCGAUUAUAUACUGCUACCUCUCAAGCACUACUGCAGCUGUCCAUCAGUAAAGUAGUUUUUUGGUCAGACUCUAUGAUCGUGUUACACUGGAUCAAAGAAUCUCCGCACACGCUAAUAACUUUCGAGGCUAACCGCGUCGCGGAAAUUCAGGAAGCUACACGCCCUUUUAGAUGGAAGCACGUAUCUACGAAAGAUAAUCCCGCAGAUUUUUCGUCAAGAGGUAGAAUGCCAAGAGAAUUCCUGGAUGACCACUUAUGGCACCAGGGUCCUAGCUGGCUCACUCAGAGUGAAGAUUCGUGGCCACAUCACAUAUUAAAACUGUGCCAACUACCUGAGCUUCGCAAGGUCCUUGAAGGUGACGUUGCUAUGACGAUCGCAUCUUAUGACGUGAAUUUAAGCACUCGAUUUUCCUCGAUGCGUACUAUGACCCACGUGCUUGCGUAUUGUUCAAGAUUCUGUGACAAUGCAAAACCGGCAAAUACGAAAAAUGUUGUCGGUCCACUUGCCCAGGUAGAAAUUCAAGAUGAGUUGAUUGAAGUGCUUAAAAUAGUUCAAACGAAUACAUUUUCAGAUAAUAUUAAAGCAUUGCGGCAAAAAGGAGCUCUUAAUAAGAAAAGCAAGACUUUAACAAUUAAUCCCUUCCUUGAACAAGGCAUUCUCAAGGUAGGUGGAAGCCUUGUUUUUUCUGAUCUUCAUUACGAUCAAAAGCAUCCGAUAUUACCUCCGCGCAAUAAUCACGUGACCGAGUUAUAUUGGAUACUUGACGGCACGAAAUUCCAUGCGUAA